AUGAAUGGUCUUCUCUCCAAACGUCACUGAAUUCUCAUUUCUCUGUAACCUUCAAAAGCAACUGUCUGUAUCUCUUUCUCUUCAUCAGCUUUUCAUACGUACAGUCCUAUACUGCGUAGGUAGGGAAAGUUCUAGAGAGAAGAAAAUGAGUACGGCGAACAAACAAGCGGAGCAACUCAGGCAAGACGGCAACUUUUACUUCAAGAAAGACCGUUUCGGAGCCGCCAUUGAUGCUUAUACGGAGGCAAUUACGCUAUGCCCCAAUGUUCCUGUUUAUUGGACGAAUCGUGCUUUGUGUCAUCGCAAGCGGAAUGAUUGGCCAAAAGUUGAGGAGGACUGUCGGAGAGCUAUUGAGCUUGACAACAAUUCUGUCAAGGCUCAUUAUAUGUUGGGACUUGCAUUGCUUGAGAGGCUGGAAUAUGUUGAAGGAGUCAAAGAACUGCAGAAGGCUUUAGAUCUUGGAAGAGGUGCCAACCCUAAGAGCUACAUGGUGGACGAGAUCUGGCAGGAACUCGCAAAAGCAAAAUACAUGGAGUGGGAGAAUGCAUACUUAACACGUACAUGGGAAUUGCAAAGCUUGAAAGAAGCUUGUGAGACCGCUCUUGAAGAAAAACAUGUGCUAGAGAAUUCUGAAUUGGAAGGUUUUGUGGACGAAUCUGCUACUUCCCACUUGGAACAAUUAGAGGCUCUAAAAAGACUGUUUAGAGAAGCUGCAGAAGCUGACAUGCCAACAGAGGUGCCGGACUAUCUCUGUUGUAAAAUCACGCUCGAUAUUUUCCGUGAUCCUGUCAUCACUCCAAGUGGGGUUACAUAUGAGAGAUCAGUGAUUCUUGACCAUCUUCAGAAGGUGGGUACGUUUGAUCCAAUCACUCGUGAACAGCUUGAUCAAUCGCAGUUGAUACCAAACUUGGCGAUAAAGGAAGCAGUUGAAGCAUUUCUAGAUAAACAUGGUUGGGCCUACAGGGCAGAUUGAAAGUUGAAGUUGAUGCUGAAUUGUGAUAGUUGUGCACAUCAUCUGGACUAUAAUGUGGUCUUGACUGCAGUAUCCUUUCUCAUAUUUGGGUAUUGCUAUGCAUCAUCAGUGGUGUUUGUUAUAAUCUCAUAUUUUAGGUCCCUCCCUCCCAUCUUUUGAAUUGUAUAGAUUUUCAUAACCAGUUCGCCAGCUUGUACAGAUUGUGUAAUGAGCGCCCAUAAAGGGUGGUGAUUUUCGAAGAAAUAGAACACUAGUGCUGCAGAUUUUAUUGCA